AUGGAUCCUUCAUCUCCAACUAUUAAAAACUUUGAUGCAAUAUCAAGACUCCAAAUGAAAGAGCAAACAAUUGAUGAAAUUUAUGGUAUUCCUGAAAAUUUUCUUGAAAUUGAAGUGCGGAAUCCUCAAACGCAUGGUUUUGGUCGUAAAAUGUAUACUGAUUAUGAAAUUACAAAUCUUCCUACGUUUAAAUUAAAACAAUCAUCUGUAAGAAGAAGAUACAGUGAUUUUGAAUGGUUUCGUGAUGUCCUUGAAAGAGAAUCAUCUCGAGUUAAUAUUCCAUCGUUACCAGGAAAAGUCUUCACUAAUCGUUUUUCAGAUGAUAUUAUUGAACAUCGUAGAGAAGGAUUGGAAAGAUUUUUACAAAUUGUCGCUGGUCAUCCUCUUUUGCAAACUGGAAGUAAAGUAUUAUCAGCUUUUAUUCAAGAUCCUAAUUUUAGUCAGGAGAACUAUAGAUUCUUUACUUCCCAAUCAUCUUGA